UGAAGGGGUGAGGGGUGGGGAGGGAUGAUGGAAUCCAUUUUCUGCAAUUCAGCCAGCUUAAAUGUUUCCUUCUUCCUUGCAGAAAGCUCCUGGCAUUGUGCCCCUUGCCAACCCUGGUCUGCCCCUGAUAUCACAGAACCACUAAAUCUGACUUCAGGUUUGAAACGAAUGGAGGGUGUGCAGACCCUCAGCAGUUCUCAGACCCAGGCUGUCCUCAGACCCAGGCAGAAGGGAAUGCAGGGUCUGGCCAAGGAGGAUGGGAUUCUGGACUCAGAUUCCAGGAACGCCUUGAGGCUUUUGGAAGGGGUUGAAGGUGGCCUGCUAGCUUUCUUACAGACAACUCUGAUCACAUCUGUCCACCCAGAAGAAUGCACACCCCUUUUUCAGUCUUCCUAAGGGAGUUUUGAGGGAUUAUUCCUGAUUCGGCUGCCACAGGUGGGGGAGAGGGAGGUAUGAAUUAAAAGGCCACAUCACUAAUGCCUGUCCCUGCAGUGUUUUGGAGUCCUGUGUGUGUGUGUGUAGGAGGAAAGUUUCAGAACCGCUAGGGAUUCAUUCACAUCUAGGGAUAUUGUCCUGCUCAAAUCUGGCCAUCUCUUGUUCUCAGAAUUGUGUGAGUCAUGGUCCCUGUUUUUCUGGUGGCCUGUUUCAAUGAUGCAGAAAAGGAGACACCUUCCAGGACCCAAAGAACCCCAGUUCCUCAGUAUUAGCCCUAGGCCUCUCUCCUCUGGGACCUGGGCAUCAAGCCCCAAGGGGUAGGGAGAGAAAGUGUAGGAGGAAGCGAGUGAAGUGUGCAACUCCGGAACUACAUUUCCCAUAGAGCCAUCGGACUGGCCGGGCGAGACCCCAGGGCCUCCUGGGAGUCGUAGUCCUAGGGCUAGAAAGGGCCCCUUUCUUCAUUUUCGUGGCUCCACGCCAGGUUUGCAAAAGGCCAAGUGCACCUAGCCGGAAGCCUGGGUCCGGGGGCUCAGGGAGGGGAGGAAGCUGAAAGCCAGAAGUCCUUUCCUUGGUUUUAGAAGCCGGAGGGGACAAGAUACUUUCCUUUCGGGUAGGCGCGGGGAAAAUUCUAGUUUGAAAAGGCGGCCGCCUCUGUGAUAUCAUGGAACGAUAGGCGGAGUCUCCCUUUGUUGCGGUCUUCUCAGACUCCGCGUUGGGCUUGUGGGCGGGGCCGAGAAAACUCCCUGGGAGUAUCUUUUGGGGAAUUGGGCCCAUGUGAGAAGCUAGAAAGGGGAAGCUGUGGAAAUUCCUCGUAGACCGGGGCGAACCGUGACCGUGACUCCAGUCAAAAAGCUCUCCAAAUCACGGGACCGACCUCACCCUCGCCCCCAAACAAAAUCCUUAAUUUUAGUCGUGGGAAAAUAGCAGAGUGGAACGACGUGGCCUGCUCAUCCUGCCUAAAAGCCCUCAGCCUGGAUUCGGCUCUUCAGCGGGUCCUUGUAUUUGAGGACACAGCAUUCAAGUUCAAGGUCGGGCAGCGGCUGUUUAGGGCUCAUCGGGUCUCCGGACUCCUCGGUUUCCUAACCGAGAAGUGUGCGCCCUGCAAAUUAAGGGUCUUAGUCUCGGAGAAGGGCAUCUUUCCACUUAGCGUGAAAGUGUGGGGUAAAAGGACCCUCCCCGGGGUUCGGCGCGGCCUGAGCGCUCCGGUCGCAAUGGGUCCGCAACUUCCCUUCCUGGUGGCGGCGCUGGCCAGCUGCCUGCUUCCUGCCCGGGCCUGUCUCAUGUGUGCUACAAAGGUCGUGGAGGCGCUAGACUCCUUGGAGAAGGACUACCUGCCUGACCACCUGCCGGCCGAGAGCCACGGAAGCUUUAUGAAAAGGGUGAAAGAUGCCGUGCUGGAUUUCAAGAACCUGCCAAUUCACGAGGAAUCCUAUAUGGGGGUUCUUGAUGAGCCCACACUGGAAAACGCAUCCUGGAGUUUUCUGAAGGAUUUGAAACGUAUCACAGACAGUAACGUAGAAGGUGAGCUUUUCGUGAAGGAGAUGUUUUGGAUGUUGAGCCUGCAGAAGGAUAUCUUUGCCCGCUUUGCAGCUCAGUUCCAAAAAGAGGUUUUUUGUCCCAACCAAUGUGGUGAGUCCGAAUUUGGGAACUGGUCCUUAUCCCUCAUGGUCGCUCCGGUAAUACCCAGCCGUUCUCCUCCCCCUUUGGGUCUCGAUGUUUCUCCCUUCUCCACGUCUGAGAGGUUCCACAGUCCUUUCCUACUGCGGGCUUACUGGAGAGCCCGUCAUAUUGUAUUUGCACUCUUUACCGAGCCUGGUUCCAUUCCUCUUCCAGCGGGGGUGCCUUCUACCCCCGCCCCUUGGGCUGACCUCCCCGGGAUUGGGCACCUGACCCCGCCCCAGCCCUUGGCCCUGCCCUCUCCUUUUAGCCUCCUCUCUCAGGGCGAAUACAGCGUUGAUCCCGCUCCUUCAGGUGUGAUGUUGCAGAGUCUGGUCUGGUGCAAUUCUUGCGAGAGGCAGGUUCACGCCUGUCGGAAGCACCCUGAUUGCGGGGAGCGCCUAGUACUCGUCCACGAGAAGGAAGAUAUGAUCCUGAACUGUGAGCUCAACUGGCAUCGACUCUCUCAAGGCCUGACCGAUUACAGCUUUUUCAGGGUUUGGGGGCAAAAUUCUGAGACCUUGCUGUCCGAGGGGAAAGAUCCCAUCCUGACCAAGACCGCGGUGACCGCAGAUGACGCAGGCGUCUACCGCUGCAGAUUGGGCACUGUCCAGUCCAUCCCCGCCACGGUCCUCCGCUUUCGAGUCACAGUGUUGCCCGAAAGGAUCCGUGAAGAGCUACCGUCAGGCCAGGCUGGGGAGUCCGCAGGUCCGGGGGAUUCGAUUAGCCUCCCGAGGCCCCCAGCCGGCCAGCCUACAUCGACACAGUGUCCGAAGUCCGAGAACAUGCUGAGAGGCCGUCUGAUCGGACUGCUGAUCUGGGGCUUUGUGGUGCUGAUAAUCGGCUUUGCGACCGCGUGAGCCGCCCACUGAAGAAGGAUACUUUGCUUUCGGCCUGAGAGGGUGAUCAGUUGCAUCAAAGACUGUUUGGGCACCAUGAAGGAGUCUGCCACGCCACCACAGGUUUCAAAGGAAAAAGUCACAUCGUCAAGGCACAAAUAAAGAUUUGUCUGAUUGUCUCGA